AUGGGUACCUUCAACAUCACCAUCCAGAUUGCCAAUCUUGAAGGCGAACACUUCGAGGAUAUCGAAGUGAUGGUGGACACGGGUGCGACUACGACAGUGGUACCGCGCUCCACGCUGGAAGGAUUAGGGAUCCGCCCGUCCGUCACGCGAACAUUCGAGUACGCCGGGGGACAGCAGGUGCAGUUGGAUAUGGGCGAAGCUCGGUCUCGGGUGGACGGUCGCGAGACCACCACCUGGGUCAUCUUCGGUGAGGAGGGGGCGUCACCGCUGCUCGGCGCGUACACGCUGGAAGGUGUGCUGCUCGGGGUCGAUCCUUACAACGAACGCCUGAUACCGGUAAUUGGCUCGCUGAAAUGA